CAGCAUGACAGGAAGAAGAUCAGCCUCCGCUUACCCCACGCAUUCAAUUCAGAUUGCAUUCAUGACGUUGUAACGGUGGCAGACAGGAUUAAAAGUGUCACAAGCUGCAAGGAAUCAUCUUUCCUGUUUGCAUGUCUUCGCCCUCGCCUUUGCCUUGGAGGUGUCAGUGGGAAAAACCAACACUGUGAUGGCUCUGAAUAACUCCAAUGUCCUGCUGCCCUGCACCUUCACCACCUGCAUAGGCUUCCAGGACCUGAUCUUCACAUGGUAUUUCAACUCAACAGAGAUGAUUUACCAUGGCAAGAUAAAGAGCAAAGCCUCAGAGCCCUUGCUGGUGGCACGCAACCCACGGGUCGAGUUUGUCGGCUCGACGACCAAGAAGGACAACAACAUCUCCAUCCUCCUGAAGAACGUGGACUUCAGCGAUGCUGGGAAGUACACGUGCCACGUCAAGAACCCCAAGGAGAAGAACGCGCAGCACAACGCCACCAUCUUCCUCACAGUGGUCCAGAAGAUGGUGGAGGCAGACAACACUGUGACGCUCAUCAUCGUGGGCGUUGUGGGGGGGCUCAUCGGCCUCCUCAUCCUCUUCAUGCUCAUCAAGAGGGUUGUCCUGUUCAUCAUCAAGAAGACUCAGGAUGGGAAGAAGGAAUGCCUCGUGAGCUCCUCGGGCAACGACAACACGGAGAACGGCUUGGCUGGCUCCAAGGCGGAACAAAAAGCACCACCAAAGGCAUGAAGCAGCGGCACCCGUGCCCCAGCCCACCCUGCAGCGGGGACAGGGGCCGAGCCUUCCCCUUUUGUUUUCUUUCCAAACUGCCAAUGCUUGAGACAUGUUUCUAUUACACACGUGCCUGCGACCUGCACUGCUUCUUGGAAGAGACUUGGGCUGCCAUGGGGACUGGGAGCUUCUUGUGGACUCGGACUGGGAUGCUGCCGGGAUGGAGGGAGCUGCCUGUUCUGCAAUGAGUGAAGGCAAGAGGGUGCUGGGCCGGCAGGGAAGGGGCUGGGGAGUACCGUGGGUGCUGUGAUGGAUGGUGAGCAGGGGUCCCGACGUGCCUGGGGGUAGAGGCUGCGAGGAGCUUGGGGUGUCUUUGUGUGAGUGGCAAUGCAGAGCUGGGGCAGGCAGGAGCUGCCUGCCUUGUGCAGAGUGUGUCUGGGGCAGAGCACGGGUGCCCAAAGCUCACCAUAGGGGCAGAGGCUCCUGCCUUUGCUGCAGUUCCUAUGGGUCCGGCACAGGAGGAAGGGAGGAAGCAGGGCUGACGAAGCAGGGCUUGGCUUCAGCUCUUGUAAGCACACUUGAGAACCAAAUCAGUGACUGUCAGGGCUGUCAUCGCAUCCCUGCAGGGGCUGGGUGCUGUGCUCCCACCAUGGGGCAGGCUGGUUCCUCCUGCAGGGCUGUGGGGACCAGCAGCCAGGGCUGGCCACGUCGUGGGGUCACGGCUGGCUGCAGUGGGGUGUAUAGGGCCAUACCCCAGGGGCAGCGGGGCUUUCUGGGGGGUGCUCCCUGGGUUUGUGCUGCUGCUCCUGCUCCUCCUCCCCUCUUCAAAGCCCAUCCCGCAGCACACUCAGAGCAGGGAUGCUGCCGAUGCUGCCUCGCCAAGGCUCAACUUGUUACACAGAGGUUUUCUAUAUGAGACUCCAGUGGGAAUGCAGCAUUUCCCCAUCACCCAAGGAAAACUGUGGCACUCCAUCUGCGACGCAGGGAGGAGGGAGCACAGUGGAGCCCUGGCGAGGGCAGUGAUGCUAGGGCUGUGCCAGCCCAUUCCUGGGCCUGCCACCAGCCCGCUGGGUGACCUUGGGCAAGUCACUCUGCCUCUCCAUGCCUCAGUUUCCCCAUCUGUAAAAUGGGGACAAUAACACUGCUCUACCUCACAGGGGCGGUUGUGAGGCUUCCUUGGCUAUCAUUUGUAAAGUCCUUUGAGAUCCUCGGGUGAAGGGGGCCACAGAAAGCCAAAAGGGUACCUGCAGUGGGGACUCAGGCAGCCCAGCCCCGUUCCUAAGGGCUGUAGUGGGAUGUGAGACAGGAAGAAAAUGAGCUGCUCCUACAGUUGAAGGUGGCAAUGUCCUUUACGAUGCGAUUUGUUCCCUACUCCCUUUCAUUUGUGGGUGGCUGUGGGUGAAGCUGCAGGGCAGGCAGCUCCCCCAUCCCCACUUCACACUGGGAACCACAGCCAAGCCAUGCCCCUGGCUGCAGGUGCUCUGACAGAGGUGCCGGAGCGGACGGUAGGUGAGGAUUAGGUGGGCAAAGCAAACCAGGUGCUGCCUUCUGUGGUGACUGCUGUGGAGAGGUCAGGCCUGCUUCUGGGGUGGUGGCACAGGGAGCUCCCUGCAGCCUUCACCAUGGGGCACCCCACUGUAAACUGGGGACAGUAAAUCUGACCUACCUCACAGGAGGUGGGAGGCUCCCUGCAUGGCUUUGCAAAGUGCUCCCAGAUCCUAGGGUGAAAGGCACUCUGUAAAUGCAAGGUAUUGUUAACGCACCAUUGUCAUAGUGAGUGUGGGCAGCAAGGCUGAGACCUCCUGGCUGCCCCAAGAGAACCCCAGCCCAUCCUUGGAGGAGACCUUCUGUGGGGGGAAGGAAAGGACGUUUUUAAAGACCUAUUUUUAGCUGCCCCAAUCUGUUGGCCUUUUUUAGCCGGUAUCUGGACACAGUUCUGGAUAUCACAGGAUAUGCAAUGCUGUUCUAUGCAUGGAUUACUCCUCUGGCUUGAUGGAAACAGUCAAUAUAAGCACUUCUUGACACGUAACUCUAUAUGCAUAUGUGUAUGGAUGCUGUUCAUAGCACAGGGGGGCUCUGGGCUGCUUUGGGUGCCGGCUCCUGUGGGACUGCUGCUGUCA